CUUUUGUCUGUGGUUGUCGGCAGCCGCAAGGAGGGACGUGUGCUUUUCUAACAAAAUCCAAUCUGAAUGUUGCUGAAAAAUGGCAGACAACGAGGUGCAGAAGAGAUUGAGAGAUAUACCAUUUAAAAUCCAGACUGCAAGUUUGAAAGAACGACGCAGGGUUAUUCAAGAGAUUCAGGACGUUUUAUCGACUCCAGAUAUUACAGAGCCAGUAGUGAGGUUUAUAUGUCGUGUGUUGACCCUCACUUUGGAUCGGUAUCGGGAUUCCACAUCCCAGUCAUAUGUGAAGAACUUACUGGCUUUUUUGGCCAAAAGAUACAGAGAAUGGACCUUCAAGAACUUCUUGCCGCUCAUGUUCGACAUUUCCACCCAGUUAAGGCAUACUGCUGCAUCAAAAAGUACAAGUCAAACUGGGCUGAUAGCUCUCCGCUGGACCACAGUGCUCGUGGAAAAUGCACUGAAGGCUGCCAAAGAGAAGGAUGAAGACAUAGACUACAACACGCUGGUGCUGACACAGGCCAACUUGUUGGCUGUUGUCGUGGCCUAUGGGGACAAAAGGAAACAUGACAAAGCUUACACUAUGCUGCACGCGAUGUGGCGCGCGGCGGGGCGGCAGCGCGAGCAGCUGUGGUGGCAGGCGCUGGGCGCCGCGCCGCCCGACGCCGGCCCGCACCUGCCCGUCAUGUACGCCGCGCUCUGCCGACACGCCGCCGCCGCGCUCAGCGACAGCGACAGGAGCAAGAUGCUAGAUUGCUUCAUAAAGAGCCUGAUCAGCGUGAAGUCGCGCCCCCUAGCGGCGUACAUCCGCGGCUGCGGCGCGCUGCUGGCCGCGACGCCGCGGGAGCCGGCGCAGGCCACGCUGGCGCCCGCGCUGCACAAGGCGCUGCUGCGCUCGCCCGAGACCGCCGUGCAGGCCGUGGGGGAGGUGCUGCACAACCUGCAGCUGCAUCUCGACGGGAUCGUCGUCGACAUCGGGAAGAGCUUGAUCGUGAACCUGCACUCCAAGGACGAGUGGGUGCGGUCGUGGGCGCAGGCGGCGCUGCGGCGGCUGGCGCGGCGCGUGGCGCACGCGGGCUGCGCGCGCGCGCUGCUGGCGCACAGCUUCGCCGAGUACAACGGCGCCGGGGGCAAGCUCACCUCCAGCGAGGACAAGAUCGCCGUGCUGCACGGCGUGAGCGCGCUGAGCGAGCUGGACGUGGGCGCGGAGGAGCUGGAGAAGCUGUUCGCGGAGGCGGCGGCGGCCACGGCGCGCGUGCUGGACAGCGAGUCCCACGAGCGCACGCUGUGCCACGCGCUCGACGCGCUGCACUGCUGGCUGCAGCGCCUGCCCACGCCCGCGCUGCCGCAGCAGCUGCUCGACAUCUACAAGAAGAAUCUGAACGGCAAGAAUACAACGCAGACGGUGCGGUGCGCGUACGUGUCGCUGGUGUCGCGCGCGCUGCGUCGCUGCGUCGCCACGCAGGCUCAGCGCGACGAGCUGUCGCCCACAUUGCUGAAGGCCGUCGAGAAGGCUGCACAGAACCCAUUGCAGCACCUGGUGGUAUCCGAGGGCAUCUGCGCGGCGCUGGCGCUGUGCCUACUGGACAGCGAGCGCUCCCUGCCGGCGCGUGCCGGCGUGUGGACGCCGCUGGCGCACCCCGACAAGCACGUGCUGCUGCACGACCGCGUCAUCGCCGCCGCCUCGGACGACAUCCUAAUACAGGUGGUGCUGCUCUGCAGAACUGUAUUAGAGAACUAUCCCAGUGUUGCCAGCGAGCAGAACUCUCCCGCCUACCGGGCGUUUGUAUUGGUGUUGCUGUCGACGAGUAGGGCUGUCAGGAAAGUGGCGCUGGAGGAAGUGAAAGAGUUAGUGGGGCAGAAGGAUAGAGCCCCAGUGGCAAUGAAGCUGAUGACGAAGUUGAACGAGGUGGUGGAAGAGGGAAAGGUGUUGGGGGGCAAGGAGAAGACGACGCCGGAUGAGAAGGGAGAGGUCACCGGCAAGAUGCUGCUGGACUGCGUGAAGGCGAUCUGCUCAUACAAAGAGUACUCGUCAGACGAGGCGCAGCAGCUGGCAGUGUGCGCGCUGCGGCCGUGCCACCACCCGCUGGCGGCGGGCCGCGACGCGCGCGCCUGGCCGCGGCUGCUGGCGCGGCUGCAGCUGGACGCGCGCCGCCUCGUGGCCGGCCACGCCGCGCAGCUACGGGACGCCUACGUCACGCACUACACGCCCAAUGAGACGGUGUCGAAUGUGGUGUCGACGCUAGUAGCCACGAACCAAGAGCAGAUAGCGGGCGCAUGCGUGGACCUGGCGGUGGCGGCGCUGAGCGAGCCGGACCUGCUGCGCGUGACCCGAGACGAGUACUUCACCUACCUCAUGCCCGAGGGAGAACUAUACGACAAGAGCUCCGUGCCCGGCAAUGAAGACUCGAAGGAGAUGAACCUGAAGCGCGAGAGCAAGGCGUACAGUUACAAGGAGCAGCUGGAGGAGCAGCAGCUGCGGCGCGAGCUGGAGGACAAGCGCCGCACUGAGGGCAAGCUCAAGGAGGUGCCGCUGUCAGCGAAGCAGAAGGAAGCCAUCAAAGCGCAACUAGCCAAGGAGAGUGCCAUACGACAGCGGCUCACUGAGCUGGACGGGCGCGUGGUGAUCGCCGUGCACAUGGUGCGCGCCGUGCAGCGCGGGUCCCCGCACGCGCUGCGCAUGCGCGCGCGGCGCGUGGUGGGCGCCGUGCUGGGCGCGCUGCGCAGCCCGCUGGCGGCGGCCGGCGCCGCGCGCCUCUACACAGCGCUGCGGCCCGCGCUGCUGCCCGCGCACGCCGCGCUCGGGGACACCAUCGCCCGGGUCACUAUCAGACUGCACAAGCCGCAGUGCGACCUGGAGCCGAGUUGGGAGGAGGAGCCGCUGGAGCGCGCGACAAUACGCACCAUCUACCUGGUGCACGCGGCCACCGCCGAGGACCGCCUGGCCACUGACGCCGGCAACGACAAGUACUUCACCGCGCCAGGUUUCUGCUACGUCUUCCCGCUGCUCAAACUGGGUCUGUCGAGCCUGUCGGUGCGGGCGGACGAGGCGGCCACGGUGUGCGGCCUCAACGUGAUCGCGCGCCACGCGGCGCUGGCGGAGGCGCGCGACCACCCCGCGCAGGACCUGUUGCAUCCCUCACUGUUCCCCGUCGACCACAUGUUCCGGCUGCUCAUCGACCUCAUCAGCAGCACCAGCGGGCGCGUGCAGACGGCGUGCACGGCGGCGCUGCUGGAGACGGCGCAGUGCGCGGCGCGGGGCGAGCUGACGCCCGAUGACGUCACGUGCCUGCUGGCCGGCCUGCAGAGCCCGCUCGAGGUGGUCCGUGACGCGGCGCUUCGAGCGCUGCUGCGCGUGACAGAGGGGCUGGGCAAGUUGCUGGAGCAGCCCGAGCACGCGCUCACGCUCACCAUGCGCCUGCUGGUCGCCACCUUCGACGUCUCAGAGGAUAACAAGAAACUAGCAGAGGAAGUAUGGAACAGCGUGCCUCUAGCGGCGCAGUGGGCUCGCGAGGCGGAGAUGUCUGCGCUGCUGCUGGCCGAGGUGCAGCACCCCGCCGAGCCCGUGCAGCGCGCUGCCGCCGCUGCGCUGGCGCACACUGUGCAGCGCGACCAUGCCGACCCGCAGCCCGUGCUGCUGGCGUUGCAGCAGGUGUACUCCUCCAAGCUGCCCCUGAUCCCGGCGAAACUCGACCAGUUUGGCCACGUGGUAGCUGAAGCGGUAGACGAGUGGGGCGCGCGGCGCGGCGUGGCGCUGGCCCUGAAGGCGCUGGCGCCGCACCUGACGGCGGCCGCGGUGCCGGACGCUAUGAGCUUCUUUGUGGAGCGCGGCCUGGCCGACCGCAGCGGAGAGGUGCGCGCCGAGAUGCUCAACGCUGCUAUGGCCAUCGUUGAUCUACAUGGCAAGGAGACGCUAAGCAGUCAGUUGCCAGUAUUCGAGAACUUCCUCGACAAGGCGCCCAAGUCGGGCGGCUACGACGCGGUGCGCCAGUGCGUGGUGCUGCUGGUGGGCUCGCUGGCGCGGCACCUGGAGCCGGGCGACGCGCGCAUCAAGCCCAUCACGCUGCGGCUCAUAGCCGCGCUGUCCACGCCCAGCCAGCAGGUGCAAGAAGCAGUCAGCAACUGCCUGCCGCACCUGGUGAACUCGCCGGCGCUGGAGGACGAGAUCCCCGCCAUCAUUAACAAGCUCAUGAAGCAGCUGCUCACCGCCGAGAAGUACGGAGACAGGAAGGGCGCAGCUUACGGUAUCGCUGGCAUCAUCAAGGGUCUAGGCAUCCUGUCCUUGAAGCAACUCGACGUCAUGGGGAAACUCACUGAAGCUAUUCAGGAAAAGAAGAACUACAAGUUCCGAGAAGGUGCCCUGUUCGGGUUCGAGAUGCUGUGCUUCAAGCUGGGCCGGCUGUUCGAGCCGUACGUGGUGCACAUUCUGCCUUUCCUGCUGAUGUGCUUCGGAGACAGCUCGCAGUACGUGCGCGCCGCCGCCGACGACACGGCCAAGCUCAUCAUGAGCCGCCUGUCCGCGCACGGCGUCAAGCUGGUGCUGCCCAGCCUGCUGGCUGCGCUCAACGACGAGAACUGGCGCACCAAGGCCGGUUCAAUCGAGCUGCUGGGCUCGAUGGCGUACUGCGCGCCGAAGCAGCUGUCCUCGUGCCUGCCCAGCAUCGUGCCCAAGCUGAUCGAGGUGCUGAGCGACUCGCACAUGCGAGUGCAGGAGGCGGGCGCCGAGGCGCUCAAAGUCAUCGGCUCCGUCAUCCGGAAUCCCGAAAUUCAAGCGAUUGUGCCAGUACUCCUGCAAGCGCUUCAAGACCCGUCGAACAAGACGUCGGCCUGCCUGCAGACGCUGCUAGACACCAAGUUCGUGCACUUCAUCGACGCGCCGUCUCUCGCGCUCAUCAUGCCGGUGGUGCAGCGCGCCUUCCUCGACCGCAGUACCGAGACGCGCAAGAUGGCCGCGCAGAUCAUCGGCAACAUGUACUCGCUCACCGACCAGAAGGAUCUCAUGCCAUACCUGCCGAACAUCAUACCAGGGUUGAAGAGUUCCCUGCUUGAUCCUGUGCCUGAAGUGCGAUCUGUAUCAGCUCGCGCGCUAGGCGCGAUGGUGCGCGGCAUGGGUGAGGGCUGCUUCGAGGAGCUGCUGCCGUGGUUGAUGCAGACGUUGACAUCGGAGACCAGCUCUGUGGACCGCUCCGGCGCCGCGCAGGGGCUGGCUGAGGUGGUCGCCGGGCUCGGAGUCGAGCGCCUGCACAGCUUCAUGCCGGAUAUAAUAACAACGGCGGAGCGCACCGACAUCGCGCCGCACGUGAAGGACGGGUACAUCAUGAUGUUCAUCUACAUGCCGGGCGCGUUCACCGACGAGUUCACGCCCUACAUCGGCCAGAUCAUCAACCCCAUCCUCAAGGCGCUCGCCGACGAGAACGAGUACGUGCGAGAGACCGCACUCAAAGCCGGACAGAGGAUCGUCAACCUUUACGCGGAAUCCGCCAUAACAUUAUUGCUGCCAGAGUUAGAGCGCGGCUUGUUUGACGACAACUGGCGCAUCCGAUACAGCUCCGUACAACUUCUCGGAGAUCUACUAUAUAGGAUAUCAGGCGUGUCGGGCAAGAUGAGCACGGAGACGGCGUCGGAGGACGACAACUUCGGCACGGAGCAGUCGCACAAGGCCAUCAUGAACGCGCUGGGCGUGGAGCGCCGCAACCGCGUGUUGGCCGGCCUGUACAUGGGCCGCAGCGACGUCGCGCUCAUGGUGCGCCAGGCCGCGCUGCACGUCUGGAAGGUGGUAGUGACAAACACUCCGAAGACGCUGCGAGAGAUCUUGCCGACCCUGUUCGGUCUGCUGCUGGGAUGCUUGGCCUCCACCAGCUACGACAAGCGGCAGGUGGCCGCUCGCACGCUCGGAGACUUAGUGCGCAAGCUGGGCGAGCGCGUGUUGCCGGAGAUAGUGCCGAUCUUGGAGCGCGGGCUGCGCUCGGAGCGCGCGGACCAGCGGCAGGGCGUGUGCAUCGGGCUCGGGGAGAUCCUCGCGUCCACCUCGCGGGACGCCGUGCUCAGCUUCGCCGACGGACUGGUACCAACAGUACGCACGGCGCUAUGCGACCCGCUGCCGGAGGUGCGCCUGGCGGCGGCGCGGACGUUCGAUUCACUCCACGCCACAAUCGGCAACAAGGCGCUAGACGACAUCCUGCCGUCCAUGCUGGAGGGGCUCAAGGACCCCGACCCCGCGCUCGCCGACGCCACCCUCGAUGGACUCAAGCAGAUAAUGACGAUCAAGUCCCGCGCGGUGCUGCCGUACCUGGUGCCGGUGCUGACGGCGGGCGGCGGCGGCGCGGGCGCGGUGGACACGCGCGCGCUGUCGGCGCUGGCGGCGGCGGCGGGCGGCGCGCUGACGCGCCACCUGCCGCGCGUGCUGCCCGCGCUGCUGGCGGCGCUGGCGGCGGCGCGCGCGCAGCCGCGGGAGGCGCGCGAGCUGGACCACUGCCGCGACGCGCUGCUGCCCGUCACCGACGCCGCCGGCGUGCGCUGUAUAAUAGACACGCUUCUAGAAACGAUCCGAACGAACGAGAACGACCGCAAGCGCGCGGCGGCCGCCCUGCUAUGCGCGUUCGUGACGCACACUCGCGCCGACGUGUCGCCGCACGUGUCGCAGCUGCUGCGCGGAUUCAUCUUGCUGUUCCUGGAGACGGAUCGCGACGUGCUGCAGAUGGCCUGGGAGGCGCUCGCGGCGCUCACCAAGUCCUUGGACGCGGAGAGACAAAUAGCUCACGUGGUCGACGUCCGACAAGCCGUCAGAUACGCCGCGUCCGACCUCAAGGGGGAACUCCUUCCCGGAUUCUGUUUGCCUAAAGGCAUAACACCAAUCCUGCCGUUAUUCCGCGAGUCGAUCUUGAAUGGGCUACCGGAAGACAAGGAAAACGCGGCGCUGAUGUUGGGCGAGGUGAUCAAGCUGACGUCAGCCAGCGCGCUGCAGCCCAGCGUGGUGCACGUCACCGGCCCGCUCAUCCGCAUCCUCGGCGACCGGUUCCACUCCAGCGUCAAGGCUGCAGUCUUGGAGACGCUUGCCUCACUGCUCUCUAAGGUGGGCGUGAUGCUGAAGCAGUUCCUGCCGCAACUACAGACGACAUUCCUGAAGGCACUGCACGACCCCAACAGGCCGGUGCGGCUGAAGGCGGGCGUGGCGCUCGCGCAGCUCGUCAUCAUCCACAACCGCUCCGACCUGCUGUUCAUGGACGUGCAGAACUGGGCCAAGACGGCCGAGGACCCCGCCGUGCGCGAGACCAUGCUGCAGGCGCUGCGCGCCGUGAUCACGGCCGGCGGCGACAAGAUGUCCGAGCAGACGGGGCUCGCCAUCCUGGCCACGUUCACGCACGCCUCGCUGCUGGCGCACCCCGACGACGUCACGCGGGCCGCCGUGGGCGGCGUGCUGGGCGCGCUGCUGCACUGCCUGCCGCCGCACCACCGCGACGCGGCCGUCACGCACCACGUGCUGGCCGCGGGGCUGGGCGCCGCCGCCGCCGCCGACGACUGGUUGCUGGCGCACGGCCGCUCCUGCGCGCUCUUCGUCGCGCUCAAGGAGAACCCCGAAAUCAUAUACAAGGACCACAACGAGGAGAAGGUGGAGAAGGUGCUGCUCGCGUACCUGCAGAGCGACAAGACGCCGAUAGUGUGCAACGGCAUCCGCGGCAUCGGCUACCUGAUGCGGUACCUGCUCAUGAACGACCGGCCCAUUCCUCCACAGAUCCUAUCACAGUUCGCUAGGAGCAUGAACCACUCGAGCAACGAGGUGAAGCAGCUCAUGGCGCGCGCGGCGGGCAUGGUGGCGCUGGAGGCGCCAGUGGUGGCGGAGGCGGCGGCGCCGGGAGCCGACGUGCUGCGGGCGCUGCUGCCGGCGCUCGUCAACGGCACCAAGGAGAAGAACUCGUACGUGCGCGCCAACGCCGAGCUGGCGCUCCGCCACGUGCUGCGGCUGCACGACGACACCUAUUACCAGCAAUGCACGGCGCUACUAGAGGCGGGCGCGCGCGAGGCGCUGAGCGACGUGGUGGCGCGGGUACUGCGCCGCGCCCACCCCGACAGCCGCCAGGAAGAGCUCGACUGCACGCUCAUAUGUUGAGCAUCAGUCACUAUAUAAUUAUAUUAACCUAAUGUUAUUUAUAA